CUGAAGGAAUUGACUGUGGCAUGAGACUGAGCCAGUCGUCCGGGGGAGCGCCAGGCAGUGAGUGUUGGUGUGGAUAUGAGAGGAAGUCUGAUGUGUUAACCUAGUAGUGAGCCGGUGUACAGGCCGCUGCACAGCAGCAUCCAUCUGAGCGGGACUGACUGACCGGCCCGGCGGCUGCUGUCGCUACCUAAUUGGCUAGCUAGCUACCUAUCCUAAACCUGCUAACUUUACCAGUUUGAGGCGGUUUACAGGGCGAGCAGUGUGGGAAAGGCGGGGCCUCCGGCUAGUACGACUCGGUUUACAGCUGCCCUGGAGAGCUUAGCAGCCCGCUUCAUUUUCCGGACCAACAUCCUGCUGAGAUGGACAACCUGAGUGAAGCCCUGGAGAAGCUGAAGCUAGCAUCGACAGACAGCGCCACUGACAGCGUGGAGAGCUGCCUGGACUGUCUGCUCAAAGCGCUCGCCAACAACAACACCGAGGCCAGUGUGAAGAUCCAGGAGAUGGGUGUUCUCCCCCUGCUCCCCACCCUGCUGAACCCCCAGUCCUCCUGCACUCCUAAAGUAGCCAACAUCAUCGCUGAGGUGGCCAAAAAUGAGUUCAUGCGGAGUCCCUGCGUGGAGGCCGGCCUCAUCCCUCCUCUAGUUCAGCUGCUAAACUCCACCGACCAGGAGGUUUUACUGCAGACUGGCAGAGCUCUUGGCAACAUCUGUUAUGACAGCCAUGAGGGCAGGAGUGCAGUUGACCUGGCAGGAGGGGCUCAGAUAGUAGCUGAACACAUUAAAUCCCUCUACCAAAAUACUGAGCCGGAAAAUGAGAAGCUCUUGACUGUCUUUUGUGGCAUGCUGAUGAACUAUAGCAAUGAUAAUGAUUCCUUACAAGCCCAGCUGAUCAGUAUGGGUGUGAUUCCCACACUGGUGAAGCUGCUAGGCAUCCAUUCCCACAACACAGCCCUGACAGAGAUGUGUCUUAUUGCCUUUGGGAAUUUGGCUGAGCUUGAGUCCAGCAAAGAGCAGUUUGCCUCCACCAACAUAGCUGAGGAGCUGGUGCGUCUUUUCCAGAAGCAGACAGAGCAUGAGAAGAAGGAGAUGAUUUUUGAGGUCCUGGCUCCACUUGCAGAAAAUGAUGUGAUAAAGCUGCAGCUGGUUGAGGCGGGCCUGGUGGAGUGUCUGCUGGAGGUGGUGGCUCAGACUGUGGACGGAGAAAGGGAGGAAGACAUUGCCCAACUCAAGACAGCCUCGGACCUCAUGGUUCUCCUGCUCCUGGGAGAUGAGUCCAUGCAGAAACUGUUUGAGGGGGGGAAGGGCAGUGUCUUCCAGAGGGUCCUGUCCUGGAUACCGUCUCAUAACCAUCAGCUGCAGCUGGCGGGGGCUCUGGCCAUCGCUAACUUCGCUCGCAAUGAUGGAAACUGCAUCCACAUGGUGGACACUGGUAUUGUGCAGAAGCUCCUGGAGCUGCUGGAUCGGCACGUCGAAGAAGGCAAUGUCACUGUUCAACACGCAGCUCUCAGUGCCCUGAGGAACCUGGCCAUACCUGUGGUAAACAAGUCCAAGAUGCUGUCAGCGGGCGUAGCAGAUGUGGUGCUGAAGUUUUUGCAAUCAGAGAUGCCUCCAGUACAAUUUAAACUUUUGGGAACAUUACGUAUGCUCAUCGAUACACAAGCUGAAGCAGCUGACCAGUUGGGGACCAAUGGGAAACUGGUGGAGAGACUAGUGGAGUGGUGUGAAGCCAAAGAUCAUGCAGGAGUGAUGGGCGAGUCCAACAGGCUCCUGUCAGCCCUCAUCCGACACAGCAAGUCCAAGGAAGUCGUCAGAACUGUCAUCCAGGGAGGAGGAGUGAAGCAUUUAGUUACCAUGGCAACUAGUGAGCAUAUGAUUAUGCAGAAUGAAGCACUGGUGGCUUUGGGUCUCAUAGCAGCGCUUGAUUUGGUUGCAGCUGAGAAGGACUUUGUUGGAGCCAACCUGGUGUCGGUGCUUCACAAGCUGCUGUCAGAUGAGAGGAGUGCUCCAGAGAUCAAGUACAACUCCAUGAUCCUCAUCUGCGCAGUCAUGGGCUCAGAGCCUCUUCACAAAGAAGUCCAGAGCCUGGCGUUCAUCGACGUGGUGUCCAAGCUGAGGGCUCACGAAAACAAGACGGUAUCACACCAGGCGUCGCUCACAGAGCAGCGACUCACAGCCCAGAGCUAAAUGACUGUGUCCGAGCCCAAAAACCACCCACCCCCCCCCCCCACCCACUGAAAUGCCUGCCUGACCACCUAAUCACCCAAUGACACCUCAUGACCGCUCUCCCCCGUGCCCCAUCUUCAUGUGCCAAGGUACCAUGUCUCGUUAACUGCCAGCCAGACAUCCAGUUAUGUCUCAACCCUCAACCCCUCUGCCCCAUCCACCUCCACCAGGGUUAGACUGAUGGCUUUAUGUUUCUGUUUAAAUCAUACACCUGAGCUUUUUCUAAUACAACUUUUGUUUUGAAUGAGAAGAAUUCACCCAGAAUUAAAUAAGAUGUGAGGGUGGGAAAGCCUCUGAAACUGUUUUUAGAUCUACCACGGGACACCAAACUCUCCUCUGAAAGCCAUAACAAUGAGAUUUAUUUAGGUGGGUUAGCAGGUCCUCAAGGCAAGGUGAGGCAGGCUUCAGGCUUUACAGACUGACACCCCUUAAUGCUCAAUGAUUUAUCCACUGACUUGUUGGUAUCUUUUUUUUUUUUAAAUUGAUGCAUCAGUCUAGCCCUGGUCCCCACCUCUACUUGUGCAUGCAUCUUCUGCUACAAGUAGCUCCACAGGAGCUGAGGCGCCAUAGACAGCCUAACGCAAUAGAUUAAGAGACGACACUCUUUAACGACCAUAGCUGUGAUCCCAUCCGCCGUCAGCCACCAGUGAAAAUGUGCACAAAAGAACAAAAAAAAAAAAAAGACCUCCCUGUCGUGAUUUUUCUUUCAUUUUUAAGAAGAAGCAGCCAUCCAUGAUGUGCCCAGUCGUGUCCCAUGUAGCUCAAGUAUAAAUUGACUAGAAACUGUGCAUGUUUUAGUCCUGUUGAAGGUGUGCCAGUGUUCAUUUUUACCUCUCUACUGCUCGCAUACUCCAAAGUACAGCCUGCCCUCCUCUACUCACACCUCCUGUCUUGUUUUUGCACUUGGAUCUAGAGAUUUUAUUCAGAUUUUUAAUUGCUCAGUUGUCCAAACACCCCCACCUCACCCCCCCCCCACCCCGGUCUGACGACUGUACAGUGAAGCUAGAGGCUCUGCAGGUUUCCACCCCCAUCGCUGAUACAGAAUCAUGUGAGAAGAUCAGGGCUGUAGUGGAGUCUAGCUUUGUUAUUGAGUUCAAGUUCAGCUCCACGACUGAGCGUGUGCAGGUUCAUUUGAAGAAAAGGUCAAAAUUGUCUUUUCCAAUGGAAAUAUAAUGAUUUAUAAACGUAACCAUCAACACAAAUGUUCAACUCUCUGCAGGGGCGCUGUCAGCCUCCAUCCAGUACUGUCAUACAACGUAUCACAGUCUUCAGUUGCCAUCUCCCAGAGGCUUUAAUUGCUAAAAGGCUCAUUAGAUUUAUUACAGUAAGAAUGUAAAAAUACAAACUCACCAGACAGUUGCCAAUCUUCUUAGUGACAUAUAAUGUGGGGAAAAACAAUGUCAGGUGGGUGCAAAGUAACAGAAAUGUGACCAAGAAAGGUCUCUUCCAUCAAUGUCAAUGAAUCAUUGAUUUAAGAUGUUUAGUGUUAAUGUGAAUUAGAGACUAAAUCAUGUUUUUUUUUUUUUUUUUUUUUGUCUUUUCACCCAACUAACAGUUUUCUCCCACUUUAUACACGGCCGAGAAAACUGUCUAUUUAACAUCGGUGCAAUCAGAGCACCACAGUUUGACACUUUGCGUUGACAAAUUUUUACAGGUUGAAAACUUUAGUUUGGUGUGCUGUGGCCAGAAUUAAAGAAAAUUUCAGUAAAAGAUCAUUUUUAAAUAUUUGUAGAUGAGCAGGAAAUGCUCUGAAGUUAAAAGUCAAAGUUGGCAGGAGACUAAGAAGUUAGAAGAGAAAAGCUGAAGAACAUGAGUCCAGCGUCAAGAUCUCACUCCCUGAUCCUGUUUGAAACCACGACAGUAAGAAAAGAAGUGAUCUGAGUGAGCGGUGCGGCAGCGUGGAGCCAAGUCUGGGAUCUGCUGAGAACAGGGAACUGAAUGCAAACACAGAUCACUGUCUCACUGUAUAUGUUCUGUUGAACACCCGUCCCCCCCCCGCCCCCCCCUCUAACCACUGCCACAGCAGCAGCAGCAGAAGAACCCCCCCCCCCCUCCAGAGAACAGGUCACUCCCUCGUGUGACAGUUGGUUCUUCUAGUCAAAGGGAUCCUGCAAACACCUCAGCAUGUCCGACACUGUACUGACACCCUGUUAACACGCCACGGUGUGUUUCCUGGUCUGGGCCCACACUUUUUUUUAAAAAGGUAUGAAUGGUUAUUUAUCAGAUUUGUGCUCUUCUGAAGACACAUGCCAGUGGAAAUGUAUCCAUAGUAACUGCGUAAAUUACUAUAAACUUAAAUGUUUGUUGUAAAUGUCAUGAGUUGUACAUUUGGAGGAUUGUAACUCAGCAGAUAAUUAAAAGAUGAUAGCUGG